AUGGACUUUACAUUUUUAUUAUUUUUUGUUCAAAUGGCUGCAGUCACUAAAGCACACAUGUUUAGAAUAACAAACAACUGCUCAUUUACUGUAUGGCCUGGCAUACAAGGCAACCCCGGACACAAACAUCUCGAAAAUGGUGGAUUUAUGUUGGAACCUUACAGGACCCAUUUAGUUAUCUCGUCUCGAAAUUGGACGGGCAGGAUUUGGGGCAGGACCAAUUGCAACAGUAAAGGAAAAUGCGAAACGGGCGAUUGCGGAAGCAAGAUUCAAUGCAACGGGAAUAGGGGCGUUCCACCCUUGUCCCUAGCUGAAAUAGAGCUUUCCAAGGUCGACGAAGUGGACUUCUACUACGUGUCGUUGGUGGACGGUUUCAACUUGCCGAUCAAGAUUAGGCCUGUCCCGUUUUCAGAUUCCAUGAAAAACGACACCAACUGUCAGCUUGCCUACUGUUUUUCCAACCUGAACAGCAGGUGUCCGGCCAAACUGUCUGUCAAGGCGGCCAAUGGCUUCAGUGUGGUGGCGUGCAAGAGCGCCUGCACGCUGUUCAACACGAAGUCUGAUUGCUGCCAAGGCGUCUACACCACCCCAAAGACUUGUAAUAGAAGCUCGUGGCCCAAAAACUAUCCGGCAUACUUCAAAUCAGCCUGCCCGUACGCCUACAGUUACCCAUUCGACGACACAUCCAGCAUACAUACUUGUCAAGGAAAUGCUAAAACCAAGUACCACGUCAUAUUUUGCCCUUAA